CUGGGUGUGGGCGUGGCCUCGCUUGCCGCACCUGUCGUAGGUAAAUGUAAGUGCGACAGAGCCAAGAACACGGAAGUGACAGUGUGGCUGGAGGCUCGCUGCGCUGUUUCGCUGAUUAUUGGAGCUUUGUAUUGAUUGUUGAUGAUGACUGGGGGCGCGACCCUGAUCCCACUGAAGCUGCUCGCACUAGGGCUCGUGCUGGCUUCGGGUCUGGCUAUGGACUGCGGUUGGGAGGAGUCCACCAACCCCAACCAAGUCCCGGACUUCGAGGCUGGCGGAGCGCGGCUGCUGGACGAUGUGCUGGAGCUCGAUCCCGAGAGUUGCCGGACGAAUUGCUGCGCGCUCCCAGACUGCGACCUGGCCGUGGUCGGGUUUCCAGCGGACGGACCGACCCACUGCACGCUGGUGUCCUGUGGGGACGGCCACGACGCCUGCGCACUGCGCCCCAGUAGCCAGUUCGAGGUUUACCGUAAGAUCGUGGCGGAAAAGGCCGACGGAGAGGUGCAGGAGGGCGGCCAGGAGGAGAGCAUCGUGCCGCAGGUGCAACGCUGGGAGCCGCGGAGCAACGGGUCCAACAACAUUCGCUGUCGCCUGCCGAUGAAGGUGGGCCCGUGUCGCGCCGCCUUCCCACGCUUCUUCUAUAAUGUGACGAGCAGGAACUGCAGCGGCUUCGUGUACGGCGGCUGCGAGGCAAACGGAAACCACUUUGAGUCUCAGGAGGAGUGUGAGGCCACCUGUUCCGGGGUCACAGGCCCAGUUCUCCCUGAUGAGUCCACUCCUGCUCCUCCUCCUGUUAAAGCUCCUCGGAUGGCUCCAAAUGUUCCGGAUGAAUCUGAUCCAGAAUCUGCUGACUUUGACAAAUCCGAGAUAACUGCCGAGGGGAAUGAGUACUGCGAGGCUAAGCCUGAACCAGGUCCCUGCAGAGCAUCGCUGAGGCACUGGUACUACAACCGAGAGACAGGAAGCUGUGAGACGUUCAUGUACGGAGGCUGCAGAGGAAACAAGAACAACUACCUAACCAAAGAGAGCUGCAUGCAGACCUGCACAGUGUCCGUCCUGCCAUCCUCUAAGAAAGCUGCCGAUGAGGACUCCUCAGACAGCAAGGGGAUGUGCACAGAGAAGCCGGACUCCGGGCCCUGCCGUGCCGCCUUCACCAUGUUCUACUACGACCUAGACUCCGCCUCCUGCCAGCCCUUCACAUAUGGCGGUUGCCGUGGCAAUAACAACCGGUAUGGCAGCAAGGACGAGUGCAUGAGUAGCUGCAGUGGAGGUCGGUUUGACUUUCAUGAUAAAGUCCGUAACCACUGGACCGCAGCCUUCUUCCUCUUCAUCACACUGACAGCCAUCUCUGCCCUGCUGCUGGCCACGCUCAUCAUCAUCACACUGAGACGGCACCGCCUCUCCCGUCGCCGAUCCUCCAGCGAUAAGGAGGAGCUGCUUCCAGACGAGCAGGCGUCCCUGGACUCCCUCCCCCUCCCUGAGAGCCCCAAACUGGAUCAGAAGGCCUGAGGGGGCGUGGCUGAAGGCGUGGCUGAGUGUGGGGGCAGGGCUUGUUGUGAUGCCGCUGUCAGAGAUGCUUGAAGGUCUCAGCUAAAUAAAACAUCUCCUUUCCUUCGUGUUGCAGCACAAUUACACUGCAUCUGUUACUGAGUAAUCAAUCACUGUAUCGAUCUUCACUGAUCAGAGCUUUAACUUCCUGAUAUUAAAGGAGCAGUCCUCCUAAUUUAACCAAUCGCAUUAGUGAGACAUUUGAUGAAGACGUUUAGUUUAUGUUAGUUGUUGUUUUCUUUUUUUUUUCUUCUUUUUACAUAAUCAAUCACUCCGUGUGAAGCUUUAGAUUACCCCCAUCAAGCAAAACAUCUGAACCACUAAUCAAAGUGAAUCUCGAGUCGGGUCAGGUGAUCAGUGUCCGUAUGUCAUGUGAUCUGUACCUCACAGGUGAUAAAACUAAACAAAGUUUUCUAAUUUGAACAUGAAAUUGAUCAGAAGUGUUGUAGAAGGCAAUAAUUACUGAAGUGACGGAUCAUAAAUCAAUAUUGACGAUUAACAGAACAUCACCUCUGUGCAGUGACACACCUGUCAGGUGCUGAGGAGUCACUUUAAAAAGAACAUUUGGUGAUGAUGUGAUCACAGCAGCAAGCAGCUGGUUGGUUGAGUGUGGACCAUCUGUGCCUUGGUGUCUACUAAUCCCCUCACAGAUGCUCCACCCAGUUCACGCAGGUACCAUCCAGUGGAGCUAAAUCUGAUUCUCAGACUGCAAGUUCUGUUGCUCAGGUGUGCAUUGGGUGGGCGGAGUCAGUUUGAGCUUCUAUGUGGAGGGAGUAGUACACAGCAGUGACACUAACUUUAAUGAAGACUUUCAGCUUAAACUCCUGUUUCUGCUUUUGGCAGUUUUCAGACUCCACCCAUCAAACUCUCCAAUGGGUUUCUUUUUCUGCUGAGCAGCCCUUUAACCUCGUGCACCUGUGCCAGGUGUGUUACUCUGUGUAAACAUAGAUGUUCAUUGAUCAUGAGUAAUGAUCCGUGAUGUCAUUGAUUCCAUUGAUCAGUAAUAGUUUUUUUUUCAGUGUUCCAGUUUUGUGUGAAAUUAUAAAAUUGUUUGUUUCUCAUGUUUAAAUAAACGGAUGGGGGUCGUUGAUCAUCUCAGGGGCAGGUCUGUGGCUGCACUAUUUUCUAACUAAUUACAGUGUAUCCUUUCGCCCAGUGGUGAGCUCAGAGAAGAAUGUGGUGCAGGUGCUUCUGGACCUGCAGCUCCUCCGUGGUUCACAACUGUAACUAAAGUGUGUGUGUGUAAUCAGCUCAGGUGUGUUUAAUCAGAGCAUUCAGUGCAGCAUCUCCUUCAGCUGGACGCUAGAGGACUUCAGCUCACUCAGAUUAUUGAUCAGACCCUAACCUGAGGUCAAACUGAGCGCACAACAGGUCCCACGAUGCACCUGGGGACUUGCUGGCUCCUCCUGCUGGGGAAACUGCACUGGGCCUGUUAAGGUGAUUUCUUUGUUUUUAAUACUGUUUUAUCUUUAUUAGCUGUAAACUGUGUCGGGUUUAAGAAAACUCUUAAUAAACUUUUAUUUUACUCUGAAAA